AUGAUUGCUGCUGUUUCCAAAUUGAAGGGUUGCAUACGACAAAUCGAAGAAUUGAAUCCAAGUGGAGCAUCAGAGGAAGAUAUUAUAAAUCGUGCUCAAAUGUUUUUAAGCAUUCUUCAAGGUAUUGAGAAAUUCAACAGUGACAACGUCAAAGCUACAUUUACGAGAGUGCAACGACAAACUGCUCAAGCUGAUUAUUCUCAAUCAUAUAAUCUCGAGAAAGAUAUUUAUUCACCUUCAUCUCCACAUGUCUCUUCGUUUAAUCUCAACAUCACUGAUUCAGAUAAUGGUAGUACUUCAACUAAACGACCUAUUGGGGUGAAGAAUGCAAAAUUGAAGAGAAAGAAUGAACAACAAUUCAGUAAAAUGGUUUCAUAA